AUGCUGGGCCAGAAGCACCCGGUCGGGGCCUGUAACACAAGGGGAGCCCAGCACGGGCAGGCGGCGGGCGCGGGGUUACCUGCGGUCCCGGCAGAUGUGCCCGGCAGCCCCCCGGGUGGCGGGCCCUGGCCGGCGCUGCGCAGGGUGGCCGCGGGCAGGGCACCCGCCUGGGCAGCAGUGCUGAGCCGGACCCCGCCUCCCUGCACAGACGUCCGUGGGGUGGGCCUGGGCACGCGUGUUCCAGACACGCCUCGGCAUGCCGCCGGCGUGCGCUGGCACGUGGGUGGAAGCCCAGGAGGCGGCGCCCGCGGCGGUUAUUUCCCCUUUGGCAAUUCGGAGACUCCCGGGGCGGGGCCGAGCGCGGGAUCCGGGCCCCGGGCGCUGCUGCCCCGCGGCCGCAGCCCCACGUUCGCGCGUCGGUUUUGGUCCCUCGGGCGCGCCCUCGGGGUGCGGCGCAUGCGCAGUGGGCGGGAGCAGCGUGGGGUUGCGCAGGGCAGGGGUCCCGGCACCGGCGGCACCGGCAGCACAUUGAAGAAGGACCGUGGACCCAAGGGGAUAAACCGGCAUCACUUCCAUGUUGGUUUCCAGGCUUUCCUGAGAAGCAAUGGCAGCCUUGUGAGUGAGGACGGUGACUGCGGAUGCGGUUUUGGUGACUUGUUGCAGAUGUCUCAUGAUGCUCAACAGAUACUCCACGGCCAAUGGGGCUGACGGGGACCAGGGCCAUGGUGCCCUGGGGUGUCUGUCCCAGCACGGGCAUGGAGGGGGAAUGGCACAGAGCAGAGCCUGAGCAAGAGUUGUGGCACCAUCCUCUGCAGUCUGCAGGACAGGGGCUGCAGGUGCUGUCCCCCCUUUCUCUUUUUCUUUCUAGCAGCGUCCCCCUUUUCUCAGGGGUGCGUGUGCCUGUGUACGCUCUGUACCUCUGUAAAUGGCAAUUAUUGAUGAGCUGCUGCUUGGGGCAGUUUUUCUCAUUUUGUGCCUUUUGCUGGGGGGUUGAAUAAAAAGGGGGGUGUGGGGAAAUGUGGGGGCUGAUGAUGUCAUCUCGGGCACCCCAGUGUCACUGGGUGGAGGGGCGAUGAUUCAGCAGAGGAGCAGGUGAGGAUGGGUUGAGUCUCCUGAAAAAAGGGGGGGUAACAGCUUGCUUCGGGUCCGAUUCCUCCAAACACGGACCUUCUGUGACAGGCUGUGCUUGUGGAGUCCAAGAGUACUACCGCUCCUCCGAUUCUGGGUCUGCACGGGCGGUGGGGGAUACCCACACCAAGUUUUGGAGAGAAAACCAUCCCGUUUGGGAUCUGGGUGGUGGUGGUGGUGGUUAAAGCGUUUUAUCUCAAGCCACCAGUUUUGCCGCUCUUACCUUCUGGUUCUCUUCCCCACCCACCGACGGGGGGUGCCGAGCUCCGCUGCCGUGCGCAGCACAGGCGGAACCCCCGGCGCUCCCCGGUCGUCCGCUGAGCAGCGUCUUGUCCGUGAACGCACCUCUCGGCUUUCCCCUGUUGUGGAGCGUGGGAGGAACAGCCCCAGCCUUGUCCCGUCGUCAGCAGCAAAGGCGUGGAAUGGUUUUUGGUACGGAGGCGCCGGGGACA